GACACUAUAAAUAUGUAUCGAUAAUUUUCCCCUAUUAAAUUUUUAUUAUUUAUUUAGCUGUCCGCGCGCUCACAGAGAUAAGUUUCAAUGGAAAUGAAGAUAAGCGAGUGGUUAUGAAGUGAUUGAUUCGAGGAGUCAUUUCCUCUACCGAGGUAUUUGCGGUGUAAAUUGAAAGAUGAGAUGCGAAAUAAACAAGUUUUUGAAUACGGACCGUUCUUGUGUUCUCUGGAUUCCUAACAUUUUGAGGACGGUCGUGAGCUGAAUGUGUUAUAACCGACGAUCUUGUGAAGCAAUUCGGACAAGUAUGCAUUCGAGAUGCCAUGCCGCAGGAAUACAGGGAAAAAUACUCAUAAACUGGAAAUUCCCCAGGAAAUGAAGACCACCUAGGGAAAAUCCUCACAGGGACGAUCGACUUCUUUGAAACGUGAGGAAGAUAAUGAAAAAAUUACAUCAUAGGGCGUUCUGUUGGCAAGCAUGUGAUGCGCCGCGAUGCCCACUCUCUUUGCGGCGCCUGAAGUGAAUUCUGGCGGCCCGACCGAGCGGCAACAAACUUCGACUGAAAACGCCGCCAUGAGCCCAGAGCAGGAAGCUAGUCCACCACCAGCUGCUCCCGGAGCUUCGCCACCACCUCAACCAUCAACCAGACUGCCCUCUCCUGCCAUGUCUCACACAAUAGACGCAUCCAACAAUUCCGACGUCGAACAGUUCGCAGGAAAAAUUGUCUACAAUCCUGACGGUUCGGCGUACAUCAUUGAAGAUUCGGAGAGUGAUAGCGAAGCCCAAGUGAAUUUACCGGAAGUGGUACCACCCCUACAAGCUGUGUAUGUUUCGCGUCUUCUCAGACAGACUACUCGCACCUCCGAUUUACCCGCAGUGCAUAGCUAUCGAGUGGUUUCUCUAAGGGACGCUAAACCGCCCAGGCCGGCCUCCGUGCCCAUCAAGCCGAUCCUGAUGUGUUUCGUGUGCAAAUUAUCGUUCGGGUUCGCCCGUUCGUUUGCGAACCACGCGCAGUCAGAACACGGCGUGACACUGAAAGAAAACGAACGCGAAGUUCUGGCCUCAGACUGUUCAGCCAUAUUACAAUGUGUCGGUCCCGACAAACGUCCUAUGGUUUCCCUGUUGGAACCUCUCGGGCCAGCCCCGUCGCAAGACAAUCACGGAUCUCAAAUGAUGAUACCUUAUAGUCAACAAGAAGGUCAUCAUUCGCCAAUUACCGAUACUCCUCCCGGUUCUUCUUCUCGAACAACCCCUGGCAAAUCGCCAUCACCCCCGUUCGCAGCACCUCCCGCAUUCAUGACUGGCACCACGAUCGGCGUCUGCCCUGAGCACCUACAGGGUAGGCCAUCUGGCGUAGAAUGUGCGCGUUGUGAAAUGAUCCUCGCAUCUGGUAGACUAGGCCCUGCAGGCCUUGCCAAUGUUCAUAGUCGUAACUCAUGUAAGACUCUCAAGUGCCCCAAGUGCAACUGGCAUUACAAAUAUCAGGAAACACUGGAAAUCCAUAUGAAAGAAAAACAUCCUGAAGCAGAAACGAGCUGUAUAUACUGUAUAGCAGGCCAACCUCAUCCACGAUUAGCGAGAGGUGAAACCUACACAUGUGGCUACAAACCAUAUCGCUGUGAAGUGUGCAAUUAUUCUACAACAACCAAAGGCAAUCUUAGUAUCCAUAUGCAAUCAGAUAAGCAUCUAAAUAAUAUGCAAGAACUACAGAACGGUGGUGCUCCAAAUGUAGAAUCAAGGCAAUCUUCGCCUAAAGCUCCUCCAUUGCAUCAUUCUCCUGUAAGUAGUGGUCAUAAGCCAAAACCAAGUUUCCGGUGCGACGUAUGCAAUUACGAAACAAACGUUGCUAGAAACCUAAGAAUACAUAUGACCUCUGAGAAACAUACGCACAACAUGCUAGUACUUCAACAAAACGUCAAACAUAUGCAGACUUUAUCUGCCUUACACCAUCAACCACAUGCGAGUCAGCAACAUAUGGAAAGUUUAUACGGAAUGUAUCCAGGACUCGGAGAUAAACCAGAAGCCGCCUUGGCAGAUAUGGCUUAUAACCAGGCUCUACUGAUACAGAUGAUGACCGGAGGCCAAUUACCAGGCCAUGCUGGACCUGCAGAUUUGGGUCAGCAUGGAGACCUUGGUUUAAAUCCAGAAACUAUGGAACCACCACCAGAACCCGCGGAUCCUGAUCCCGAAAAGAUUUAUCAAUGCUGCGUCUGUAACGUUUUCACCACAGAUAGUUUAGAAGAGCUCGGCAGACAUUUAGCACAAGACAGAACCCGACUGAGAGAACAAGAGAUCCUAGCCGUAGUGGCGGGACAUUACGUCUGUAAAUUAUGUACCUAUAAAACGAAUCUUAAGGCUAACUUCCAACUUCAUUGCAAGACUGACAAGCACCUCCAAAGGCUGCAACAUGUGAACCAUGUGAAAGAAGGAGGACCACGCAACGAAUGGAAGUUGAAAUACGCAUCAGCGCCUGGCGGAGUACAAAUACGCUGUAACGCGUGUGACUACUACACGAAUUCGGCACACAAGCUCCAACUGCAUGCCGCCGCCGGCAGACACGACGCUGGCGUUGCCCUGUUGAAGCACAUCUGCGAAAGAUGCUCGGCCAUCAGACCGGAUCAGACCCGCGUUUACCAUUGCUCGCUCUGCGGGUUCUCUGCUUCAAACCGACUGCCGCUUCUUCAGCACGUCAGAUCUCUGAAACAUCUACACAUGGAGCAGUUGCACCAACUCCAAAGACGCGCGGAGGGUAAAGAGAAUUCUCCCGAGAUUGGCGAGGUGUUUCACGUGGUCCCUGGACCGGUUGAACAGCACCAACAACAGAGCACACCUGAACGCCGCGACAGCAUGAACUCCGAAAUCAGCCAGCCCGAUUCCACCAAAGAACAGUCGAGGAACGAUUCGCGGGAUGACCACGAAGACGCCACCAACGCAGAGGUGAACGUGUCGCAGCAUUGCUGUUCGUACUGCGACUACACCAGCGACUCAGAAAUGCGCAUCCAAGCCCACAUUUUGGCCCAGCACAACGCCAACACUACACCACCCAGUCAAAUGUACCAAUGUCCGCUCUGCGAGGACGCUUUCAAAGAAAGAUCCGGCCUGGAACGGCACGUCAUGCAGGUCCAUUCCGUGAACAGCGAGGGUCUACAGCGGCUGCUCAUGCUGGUCGAUCAGAGCCACUGGCUCAACUCGCGAACCCCGACGCCGAACAACGCGACCAGCCAAUCGGCGAACGUAACCGCAUCGCCGAAUUCGGUAUCGUCGAAAGACUCGGCGAACAAGCUCGAAAAAAGCGACGCCGGUAACGAGGCGGAACGGGAACUGAUGUCGCCGAUGAGCGACGACAAUUCGGAACACGAGUCCGAGCGUUGCGGGACAUGCUUCAAGUCGUUUAAGAAUAUCGACGAACUGUGCUAUCAUCAGAACGAAACCGGUCACCUGGAGAUCAAACAGACGCCCAGCGGUCCCGGCUACGUGUGCUGGAAAAAAGGAUGCAAUCAAUUUUUUCCGACCGCACACGCCCUACAGAUGCACUUCAAAGACUCUCACGUUAAAAAUUCGAUCGCCAACAUAUCGGUGUCGGAAAAACACGUUUACAAAUACCGCUGUAAUCAGUGUUCGCUAGCGUUCAAAACGUUGGAGAAGUUACAGUUGCACUCGCAGUAUCACUUGAUCAGAGACGCUACCAAAUGUGUUUUGUGCGGUCGGAACUUCCGUUCUUUAUUGGCGUUACAUAAGCACGUCGAGAGCGUUCAUUCCGAACUCACGGACGAAGAAUUGAACAUUUACAAACAGAGCCUGAUGAACAAUCCUUUACUUUUGGCCGGUAUACAGGGUCAGGUGUUGGACAGUUCGACUAACGAUCUUUUAAAGAGAGAAUCGAUGCGAAAUGACGACGUUGAAAUGACGGAUUGUGACGAGAGCAAAGAUAUGAAUACUAGUCAAGAGGAUAUCAACCAACACGACGGCGAUAAUUCGGACGAUAGCAUCAUAUACAAAGAUCAGCAAUUCCUAGAAGACUACCUGAACAGUCAAGCCAUGGCGGAAGACAGUUACACCGAUGCUAAUAGAAAAUACAAAUGUCAUCGGUGCAAAGUAGCGUUCACAAGACAAAGUUAUUUGACGGCUCACAAUAAAACCCUUUUACACCGAAAAGGCGAGAAAUUAAGCUAUCCCAUGGAGAAAUACCUGGACCCGAACAGGCCGUUCAAAUGCGACGUUUGCAAAGAAAGUUUCACCCAGAAAAAUAUACUACUCGUUCAUUACAACUCGGUCAGUCAUUUGCAUAAGCUGAAACGUUCGUCCCAAGAACAACAGAAUAACAACAACAACCCACCUGUGUCCCCGGUGACGGUCGGACAAUCCCAGAAUCUGUCGAAAAGUUUGUCGCCGGAAGAAGACGACCGAAAGAAAUACAGAUGUAACAUAUGUAAAGUCGCUUACAGUCAGGGAAGUACUCUGGAUAUACAUAUGCGCAGUGUACUCCAUCAAACAAGAGCCGGUAAAUUGCAAGAUUUAGCGAUGAGCGGACAAAUAGAUCUAUCGAAACCACUUAUAGAACAACCUGAAGCCACGCAGUCUCCUAAACAAAACAGCCCGACGCCGAGUGGUGGGGAUAAAGGAUCUCCCACCCCGAUAUCACCGGUACCGAUUGCAGGUAGUCAAGGGAUGAUUGGUUGUCAGAAGUGCGGAUCUAUUUUCACUUCACAAGAUCAGUUGAAUGUACACCAACAGUUGCAUUGUAUGUUUGCCGCUCCGAUGUUAUACCAGACCCAAGAGCCGGUCGUUCCGGUUCAAACGAAAAGCCCUACGCCGAUUAACGAACAAGAUGUUUCGAUGAAACUGACAAUGCCGAAGAAAACGUCGCACAUAUACAAGAGUUUGCUCGAAAGUUUCGGCUUCGAUCUGGUUAUGCAAUAUAACGAAAGUUAUCAGAGAAGACAACGACCUCGAGGGGAGGCAGGAGAGGAGAAAGGGCAACAACCAACGUCGCCGUUACCCGCCACCAGUGCCCCAGAGGACCAAGACGUACCGAAGACAGAAGAGGAGUCGACCGAGAACAACCUUCCAGAAGUAAGUAAAUCGACGUGUCAACAUUGCAAUAAAGAGUUCUCUAGUGUGUGGGUUUUAAAGUCACACUGUGAAGAAGUACAUAAAGAUUUUGUGCCAAUCGAAUACUUAGAAAAAUAUGCUCAACAGUUCAAGAGCGACUACGAAAAGAAAUCCGUGGUGGUGACGGCGGCGACUUCGUCGACGCUUAACAGCGACCCCAGGGUAACCACCCCUACCACCUCCAGUCCAGUUUCCGAAGUGAAAGUGGAAAAGGACGAAGAAACCAAGGACCAGGUCCAGGCCAAAAAUGACGUUCAAACUCAGCCGGAGGCGACUUCGACGGCGCCGUCGACGCCCACGUCGUCCACGACGCCGGUCAGCAGCACCGAUUCUUCGGCGCUGCCGGCUAAUAUCCAGGCGAUGAUAGCCCAAAGUAUGGCGCAAAACCCGAUGGCUUUGGCGCAGCAAAUGUCAGAGAUGCAGGCCGCUCUCAAUGUCAUGCAAUUGCAACAGCUCAAUUUCAAUCCGAUGAUGCAAAUGAUGGGUAUGGGGUUGCCGUUGGGGUUGAACGCCUUAGCAGCUAUGAACCUGCAGCCGCCGCUCGUUCCUCUCAUGAUGCCGCCGCCGCCGUACGAUCCGAUGGCACAAUUCGGACCGCAAGAACAGAUGAUGAACAAACAGGCCUUGAUGCAGCAGCAAGUGGCCGUGAACGCCGCUGCAAACCAGAAACGUGCAAGAACACGCAUAACAGAUGAUCAGUUGAAAAUUUUGCGGGCACACUUCGACAUAAAUAACUCACCGUCCGAAGAACAGAUACACGAGAUGGCUUCUCAGAGCGGCCUUCCGCCAAAAGUUAUCAAACACUGGUUCCGCAACACCUUAUUCAAAGAGAGACAGAGGAACAAGGACAGUCCUUACAAUUUCAACAAUCCCCCAUCCACUACCUUGAAUCUCGAAGAAUACGAGAAAACAGGCGAGGCUAAAGUAAUGCAACUCAAUAGUUCUGGCAGUCUCUCAGAGGAAUCAUCGAAACCGUCAGAUAUAUCUUCCCCAACUCAAACAGAAAUAAAAACCGAAGUAAAAGAAGAAUCUACCGAGGAACACAACAAAUCGAUCGAUGAAAGAUUAAACGACAGUGCAGAUAACAAACAGAACAUUUUCGGUAUUCCACCGAAUUUGCAACCAUCACCAAGUCCGGCUACGUCGAUAGCUAGCUCCGAAAAUAUGAACACGAUGGUGUCAGCACCAACCACUCCUAGUAGCAUGAAUUUAGCGUCUAUGAUAGCCUCGCAAUUCGGAGAAAGUAUGACCACGAGCACCCCAACACUGAGUCAGCUACCAACAGUUGGAGGCCAUCACGGAUUAACAAGUCCGAUGUUACCACCUCCCAAAAUCAACCAACAGAAUUUCCCUAACCCAAACAGUCUUCAGUCAAUACUACCUAUGACACCAAAUAGAUGUAUCAGUCCUAAUCGAGAUUACAACAGUCAAGGAUCUAAUUCUGGUUCAUGUGGAAGCUCAGGAAAAAGAGCCAACAGAACAAGGUUUACAGAUUAUCAAAUAAAAGUUCUUCAAGAAUUCUUCGAGAAUAAUGCUUACCCCAAAGAUGACGACUUGGAGUACCUCUCCAAACUGUUAAAUUUGAGCCCUCGUGUCAUAGUGGUUUGGUUCCAAAAUGCUAGGCAAAAAGCUAGGAAAGUUUAUGAAAACCAACCAGCCGUUGACCCAUCACCUGGUUUACCAGAUGAAGCUGGCACAAAUAGGUUCCAGAGGACCCCUGGAUUGAAUUAUCAGUGUAAGAAAUGCCUCCUUGUGUUCCAACGUUACUACGAACUGAUCAGACAUCAAAAGACACAUUGUUUCAAAGAGGAAGAUGCUAAAAGAUCGGCACAAGCCCAGGCUGCGGCCGCUCAGAUAGCUGCUGUUCUCAGUUCUGAGGACUCCAAUUCCAGUACGACGGUUGGGGAACAAGCUCAUCAGCAACACCAUCAAACAAUGCCGCAAAACCAACCAAGCACUAACAAUUGCCUGAGUCCGAUGCAUCCGAAUGCUCCUACAACUCCAACAUCGAACAGUGGAAACUUCCCAAUGUCUCCUAACGCAGAAACCAAGGAAGGAACUUUCCAGUGUGACAAAUGUAACUUGGUAUUCCCGAGAUUCGACCUGUGGCGAGAGCAUCAAUUGGUACACAUCAUGAACCCGAAUUUGUUCCCCCAAUAUUCACCUGAUUCCCCUUUUGGAAUUUUGCAACAGCAUGCGCAACUUCAGCAACUCAACGCCAAUCUGGGAGAUUUAUCUAAAGUGGCCACUCCACCGAGUAUCCACCAUCCCCUGUUGAACAUGCUCAAUAACGUUGCUAACCAGAAAAGAAAACUGGAAGAGUUCGAAAAUGAGAGCGAUACUUCCGAUCAGCCUAAAGACAAAAGACUAAGGACGACAAUAUUACCAGAACAGCUCGACUAUCUUUAUCAGAAAUAUCAAAUCGAGAGUAAUCCAUCGAGGAAAAUGUUGGAGAAUAUCGCUAGAGAAGUUGGUCUAAAGAAAAGAGUUGUUCAAGUUUGGUUCCAGAACACUAGAGCCAGGGAGAGAAAGGGACAGUUCAGAGCGCAUGCUCAAGUGAUAAACAAAAGAUGUCCAUUUUGUCCUGCCUUAUUCAAAGUCAAAUCAGCUCUUGAAUCUCAUUUGAGUACAAAGCACGCUGAUCAGUGUGCCAGAGGUGAAAUUAACAUCGACGCCUUACCCGAUGAAGAGCUCAGUACGGAAUCAGUACCCAGUAUUAAUUCAAGCGGUGCAGAAAACAAACUACAUCAGCUCAAUCCCAACAUGAUGCCACCAAUGUUUUCUCAGAUUCCUCCCCAAGACAUAGAAACACUACGAAAGCUAUACGAUGACAAUUUGAAAAGAUACAUGGGAGAUUUACAAUCCCACCCUUCCUCCUCCAAUGGAGAGAGGAGUGAAAUCAAACCCGAAACGAAAGAAGAGGGAGAAAUACCGUUGGAUUUAUCCAAACCAGUUGACUUAUCAAGACCUAUGAAAAUGAUGCUAGACCAAGAGAGAAAUUUUUGUGAAGCCGGUCCUUUGACUGAUCUCAGUGAACGAUCUAUUUGCGGGGAUGAAAGAAGCGAAACCAUGUCUGAAAACAACGAUUUUUACGACGAUGAAAGUAAUCCUACCUCUCCGGCUAGUAGUACGCAAAGUAAUAGUCAAAGGACCCCGAAUCACUCUGGCAGAGGUGGCAAUAAAAGAUUUAGAACGCAGAUGAGCCACAUACAAAUCAAAAUAAUGAAAGCUGUUUUUAGUGUUUACAAUACUCCCACUAUGGCCGAAUGCGAAAUGCUAGGCGCGGAAAUUGGCCUUCCCAAAAGGGUGGUUCAAGUUUGGUUCCAAAACGCACGAGCGAAAGACAAGAAAGGCAAGUUGGUGCUGAACAAGGUCCUCGGCAACGAGACCGACUCCAACAACGGUUCCCUACCCGAAGAUUGCAAAUUCUGCAACUUCAAAUAUACACACAAGUAUUCCUUACAAGAUCACAUAUUCUCAAAGAGCCACAUCGCCAAUAUUAAAAUGUACCUGGAAAAUUCGAGCAAAGAAAACGAAUCCAACGAUUUCAUUGCUCCACCGCCACUCCCCAGUGGAUCUGGCUCUCUACCUGCCGACUCUACAACGAAUCCUCAACAGCAACAGCAGCAACAACAACAACAGCAACAGCAGCAAAUGUUGAACAACAACACUCACCUUCAAUACCUUCAAAUGGCCGGUUCUCAAGUUCCUAAUUCAGCUGUCAAGGUGGAGCAGGAGGAGAACAAUCAAGAAACGUUGUUCCAGCAGCUUUACGCGAUGGGUAACAACGCUAACUUCGGAGUCCAGAACCAGUACAUGCAUCAUGCGAUGUUCGGCGCAAACGGGGGAGCAGGAGGACUACUUCUAGAUACCGGUUCUGGCCCUUCCUUCCUUCCACUCACCGGUCCGCUCCUUGAGCAAGUUGCGGCAGGUAACUCCGAACCAGGGGUUACAACACUCAAACUUCCGGACAUGAUCCCAAAGAUAACCGACCCAUCUGGUCGCGAAGUGGAUUUAGAAGUAUGUUUCGUAUGUAAAAAAUGCAGGAUGGCCUUCCCUGGUGAGUCCCAAUUGCUGAUUCAUCAGCGUCAGUGCUACUCUGCGAAUCAGGAGAACCGUGGAGCUUUUAGAAUAGUACAAACAGGUUACGAGUGCAAAACAUGUAACAACGGGGAUAAAUACAAAACAGCCGUUGAUUUCAAAAGACACCUUAACGGCGAAAUUCACCAAAAGAAUAGGGGCAAAACCGGAAGCGCUCUGUCUUCGACGACGACAGAGUCUCCGCUAAGUCACGAGAUGGAAGACGUUGUGAAUCAGAUCACCCUGCUGGCUGCAAGGGCUGCCCAAGAAGCGGCACCAGACGCCAGAGGUGUCGAUUCCAACUCGAACAAUUUUUGCCAGUCAGGUGAUGUAAAACGGCGCUUGUUGGCCCCCCCAGACGUGGCCGGACCACCUUUGACUUCGGCCGGCCACUGAAUCCACCCGAUCCGGAUCCUGUUAUGUUUGUAGAUGUGUCAGUGUAGUUGUGUAAUGUGUUAGUCGAGUAGGUCCGACGAUUCCUAUUGCAACGCAUAGUUACUACUGCGCUGCGGGUGCGUAGUGCGACUUAAUGUUCCUAUCGAAUGUAGAUACUGCAUGCGGCCCAAAAUUCGCCGGCCCAAACUCACUCGGGCUGGGACUGCGGCCCAGUAAAACAAGUUCCUAUUCGGCCGCCGAUCGCCUCCAAGUUCCUCAACGACUCGCACGAUCGUGCGGCCACUUUUUUAUUCAUUAUUAUUAUUAAUUAUUACAAACUUUAUUAUUAUUACAUUAUUAUUGAAAAAGGUUGAUAAGGCAAAUGCUGUAUUUAUCAAAUAUAUGUAAAUGUAACUAUAUCAGCUGGUAAAGCGGACACGGAAAGCUUUUUUGGUCUCAUCACCCAUCAUACUCCACCCAGCAUACCAGCAGUCAAAUUGGUUCCUACUAAUUACUAAUAAUAAUCAAUACGGUGUUUAAGUAAUUAUAUAUAGUUAUUAUGUUUUGAACGUUGGUUUUCGCGCCAGCAUUGUACGUAUAUAAAGUAGUAGAUAUAUAUUUAAAAUUUUAAAUAUAUUCUAGGUUACGUAUCCAAAAUGACUCAAAACUGGGAAAUACUUCGGUAUGACCUGCCUCGCAUAUAAGUGAGUUUAUUUGGAACUAAGUGUGAUUGUUGAUAGCGCGAAAUGGGUCAAGAGGUCUACCUAAGAUUUCAGAACCUCAACUUUAUUUACCAAUAUAAAACCCAAACAAACCAUCAAAUUAACUCUUCAUCUAAACGAGAACAUGGUAAACUCGUACUAAUUCAAAUGGUUUUACUUCCACGUUAAAAGAGCCUUACACUAUGUAUCAUCGAAGUGAAAACUUGGAUACAAAUGCGUACAUUUUAUCUUCGUAUCUGUCUAAAUUCGAAAUUUACAUUCGGAUAUAUUUUUAUAUUGCAGAGGAUAAUUUGAUGGAUCACCUAUCCCAUUCCUUCCAAAAUUCCUCUUGACCUAGAAGCCCUGGCGUAUUACACGAUUAUUAUUACUAUUCAUAUUAUAUUAUUAUUACUUAUUGCUAUGUAUAGAAUCAAUGUGUAUUUGUUUUUGACUACCGGACUGAAGUCCAAAAACGUGGUUCCUAAAAAAUUUCAUAUCGCAAUCAAUUGAGAUAGAAAACUCAUCAAAAAUUUUCGACUUUCAUCUCCAAUCUCCUCUUCUAUUCACACUAUUAUUAUGAAGUUUUAUUAAUGUUUGAUCUCGCUUCUACUAGCAUCAUGUAUUGCUUUUUAGUUCGGAACAGAUUGAAGAUGAUUAUAUUUACUGAAGAUGUGGAAGAAAUUAUUUACCAUGUAGAAUUACCUGAUACUCGUGAGUUCUCGAAUUCGGUUGUGACAAUUUUUAUUUAAGAAUAUUCUGUGAUAAAUACCAUUAAGCAUACUCCCAUCUUCAACCUGUUCACAUUCACUUCUUUGCGUUGUUUCUUUUCAACAACAUUCAUUCACAAAGAUGCAUCAUUAACCAUAACGAAUUUCAUUCACUAACCUAAUAUAGGUUCCUCAGUUAUUGCUUCGUUAUACUUGUGAGAAUUUUCACCUUUUUGCUUUCUAUUUUCACCCUUAGGUGUAUUCUUCUAGUUAUUUUCUGAUAUCGUUGUUUUUGUUCAAACUUUUUAACACCUUUGAUGUUAUAGUUCAUUUUUAUGCAUCUUUGCGAAUAAGUCGCCAUAUAAUUAUUAUAGUUUCAACAUUAGUUUGUAUACAUUUUUUGCAUUCAUCGUUUAGUUUGGUUAUAUUUAUUACUCGAAAUGGUGAUUUUAUAUUAUAUUGUAUUAUUUCAAGAAUAUUAUUUAUUUUGUGAUGUAGUUGUUUAGUUGAACUUUUUCAGUUAAGCUACUGAAGAUGUAUUCUCUGGAGGUAUUGUAAAUAAGCAAUAUCUUGAUGAUACUGAAAAAAACUAAAUUAUUUUUCUGUUGUAUAUAUGUUUGCUUAUAACAUAUUGUUGCUCCUUCUCUUUCAUAUAUUUUAAUUAUUCCUGCAUUAUGUUGUUCGACUUUUCAUGGAUUGUUUUUGACACAUUGUGAACGUUUCAAUCAAUAAUUGAUAUUUUGUUAAAUUUCAGACGAUAAUGAAUACUAAUAAUAAUAAUUACUAGGUAAAUGUUUGUAUCCUACGGCUUAAGCCGCUCUCAAUUUGUGAGUGUAUAUGAAAGUCAAAUAAACUACAUAGUUUAUCAUA